UCCCUUUCUAACUGUACAAAAAGUGUUAUAAAACAAGAUAGUUCCAGGACCCACCCACCCAACGAUUCAUUGGCCGUCUCAAGUCUCAACACUAUGAUGCUCCCUUCUGGUCGUUUGUUCUCUUCUUAGAGGGAUCUUCUUCCAGUUUAAUAAAAUUGUACAGUGGUCACGUUGAUCUUUCCUGGUAUGGGUAGUAGUAGUAGACUAGACUGAAUAUAGUAAAAGAGGUAAGUUGCGGCCUUGUUGUGGAUGGGUGGGGGAAGUAGGUAUGGGUCCAUUUCUAUCCAACAUGCAUACAUGUUACCGUUGCCCAGUUUACCACUUAACCACCACCCAGUUCUCUGUAGCGUCUGAUAACGGGUUAGGUUUUGUGCUAUCAUCCUGGUUCUCUCACUCACUUCCUUGGAUUGCCUAAUUUCCAUUUUGGUUCACCUUCACCAGCUGCCUAUUCAGGAAUGAUGACAUGAACGAAGAAGAGGAAAGAGAGACGUGCAAGGGCGGUCGGCGGUCGGGGAGGUGGCAGUGCUGCAUUGCAGCGGCCUGCGGCCGUGGGUUCAGGGGACCACCACCACCGGCCCUGUACACUUGGAAGCAUCAUCCAAGACACAGAUGGUGAGAGAAGACGUAGCCCCUUCUUCUGGUGUGUUCUAGAAAGUUUACGGUGCGAGGACUCCCAUACCGACGGUUGUGCCGCAUCAGUCAUCAUACAAUCAUUCGCUUAUUCCUAUCUGUGCUCUGCUGAUCUUUACCGUCCAAGCAAAUCCCGCUGCCUUCCGAUUUAAUUUCGGUACGCCCAUCAAAAAGGUUAGGGUAGGGUAGGCACUAGGCACUAGGCAAGGCAUCUCCAUCCGGUGGCCCUUGCUACGCGGCACGCUGUCUCCCCGUCAAUGGACCAGUUUGAUGAUCUGGGCGAUUCCUCACACAUUAUCGACUGAUAUCCGUACAACCUUGAUGAGACGGUGAUGUCUAGCGGGGUCCACUUUCACUAUGUGAUGCUUGUCUGUCAUCACCGUCCAGUCUUUGCCUCGCCUCGAGUCAAAUUUUCUUCCUUUCCUUUUUUUGCCCUUUUUUUUUUUAAAUCAAACCAUAAAAACCGCUACAACCCUUUGAUGUGUUGUCAUGGCCCACCUUAAGACUUCUUGGCGGGGCCAUUGCAAAUACAUCUAAGGCCAUGAUGUUCGGUUUUAGCCCUGCGCUAAGACAGUGUGGCAGCAAAGUUAAUAAUUAUCUAUACGGACGGUGGAGAAUUGGAGAUGGACUCCUAUAAUGCAGUGAGAGCGGUUUUGGGCAAGAAGAAGACGACGCUUUUUUUUAUCGAAUUUUUACAAUUCUUUCGUGCAACGCUAAUACAGAUAAAAAAAGGCAAUCUACGCUAAAAUUAGCGAUGUACUGAUGUCCUAUGAUCGAAUGAUUUAUUAUCGUGUGACCCACCACCAUUAUAGAGUAGAUCAAUCACCGUCGUGUCUAACUGGACGGAGAUGCGGGGGUUUCAUAGAUGUAACAAGUGUAGGAGAGUUGCAGAGAAGUUUAUCCCCCGAAGCUGCCGAAGGGAAAGAAGCACAUGUCCUUGGCAACAGCGGAGAGGCUUAUAAGAAGGAAACGAAGAACGGACGGUGUAGAUAAACAAAGUGAAGGCUCAAACUCUCAUCUCGGUCGUCUCCUUUCUCCUCUCUUCUCCAGCGUCCGAUCUCCUCUUUGAGGAAAAAAAAUCCACCGAUUCUUCUUCGACGCGCGCCAAAUACAAAUCUUUCGUUCCUUCCGUCUCAGCCUAGGUUUUCGACGGUCAUGGCAGACGCUCCGGCGAGUCCCGGCGGCGGCAGCCACGAGAGCGGUGAGCAGAGUCCGCGUUCGAACGUUCGGGAGCAAGAUAGGUUCCUUCCCAUCGCAAAUAUCAGCCGGAUCAUGAAGAAGGCACUUCCAGCUAACGGCAAGAUCGCCAAGGAUGCCAAGGAAACUGUACAGGAAUGCGUUUCGGAGUUCAUUAGUUUUAUCACUAGCGAGGCAAGCGAUAAAUGCCAGAGAGAGAAGAGAAAGACGAUUAAUGGGGAUGAUCUUCUCUGGGCUAUGGCGACGUUAGGAUUCGAAGACUAUAUUGAUCCGCUCAAGGUGUAUCUCAAUAGGUACAGAGAAAUGGAGGGCGAUACUAAGGGAUCUGCCAAGAGUGGGGACAAAAAAGAUGGAGUUGGAGUUCAACAGGCUCCAAAUGCCCAGAUUUCUCACCAGGGGUCUUUCACACAAGGCUCGAACUAUAUGAAUUCUCAAUCUCAAGGACAUCUUCUGCUUCCCAUGCAAGGCUCAGAGUAGGCGCUAUUCUUCUAUUUGACUACUACUAUACUUGUUUGGAAUUCCAUGGGAAGGAGGUCCCGUUUGGCACAAAAGGCGUCUAAUAUCAUCUUUUUGGACCGAGAGCUAGACCUCUUUGGGCGAUGGGUGGUGGUGUUGUCGUCGGACAAUGAGAUGUUUUCUAAAUUUUGUAUAUUUAUGGGUUUCUGUUUUUUCCAAGGACGCUAACCCUUUUAAGGUCAUGUAGACAUGGAGGAAUAAUUUUAUAAUGUAUGUUCAUAGGAGACAAGUACCAGCCAUUCUCUUUCGUUUGUUGAAAUUUGAAAGCUUUCUUAACAUUAUCUA